CGGGACUUCCGCACAGGUAACGCCAGUGUGCCUGCAGGUGAGCGGCAGCGGAAGAAGACAGCGACGCAUUAAAAAAAGACCGCACACACUCAAACGCUCUGUCAGAAAUGACUUUUAUAAAACAUUUACACUAAUAUGAUCCACUGUUGACAUAACAUCCACCAUGGGGAGUUUAGGAGUAUGUUGUGCCAGCCUCAAGGACAACAAGGCCCUGAUGAAGAUGGGACUGGGGCUGGUACUGGUGGGCCACGUUAACUUCCUUCUAGGAGGGCUGGUGCACGGCGCCAUGCUCAGGCACGUCAACGUGAACGCGGAGGCCCGGAUCCUGGUGUACGCCAUCUCUAACGUCAUUGCUAUUGUGGCAGGCUUGGUGGGAACUAUCGGUGGAAUAAUUGCCAUUGUCCUGUCCAAAAACAAGAGGAACAAGAUCCUGCAGUGGGUGCUGCUGGUCUUCAGCUUCCUGGCGGGCCUCCUGUCCAUCACCUGCACCGUUGGCUUGUUGGUUGCAGUGGUGAAGGCCAUCAUCAACAAAGGCAGCAACCUGCUGACACACUGCAAGUUUUCUGGGCAGGAUUACGGCUCUUCCAGCAUCACAUACGAAUGCCCCUUCGACCCCACCCGGAUCUACAGCACCACGAUCAUCCUGUGGGUUCUGCUCAUCUCGAUGUUGGUGGUGGAGAUGGUGUUCUCCUUCCGCUGCUUCGCUGCCUGCACUUCAUUCCUCUACCUCUGUCCAUGCAGGAGGCGGCCGAUCCGGGGCAUUAGGCCGCGCAGCCACGGUGAAACUCCAUCACUGCCUCCGGAGCGAAACCUGGACAGCGACGCCGAGCGAGCCGAGCCCGCGGAGCACAUGGAGCUGCUGGAGGACACGGCAGCGCAGCAAAGCUCGUGGCUCUGAGGCAGCGGAACCUAAAGAGAGAGACAGACAGACGUGUGGCAAACCGCUGGUCCCGCCUGCAUGGAACGAAACGUCGGGAGUUUUGGUAUUUAAGAGUCUGUUACAGAUGAAAUAUCUAAAAAAGAUAUGUCUUAAGGCAGAAAUGGCAUUUCGCUCAGAUAAAGUACUACCAUUGUUUUGUUUUUUUAAGAUGUGUGAUUUUGUGU